GCCGCUCUGACUCGGUUUUUACCGUCUGCUCCUCCUGUGCGUCUGCCGCCGCCGCCGCCGCUAAAAGAUUUUCUCACCUGCCUCCAAAUCAAUGAUUCUGAGGCAAGUUGACUGUGGUAGUUUCUCUUUCGGAGAGGGAAUAACCUACUUACAGAGUAGUGUGGAUACGCUCUACCCACCCAGACUAUGCACCAUUUUGCGCAGGUUUAUUGUUUCCAUUUUAUGGCAGUAUGAAAUAGACUAUCGAUUCAACCUGUCCUAUUUCAACUUUGGCCAAGAUUGGAUUUUUAAACGAGCUGGGCUGGGCGUCUCCGGCCGACGCGCCCGGGAGCAGAGGAUCACAGGGACCGUGUGACUCGCAGGUCGGAGUGCGCAGCGCAGCGCAGCGCAGCGCGCCCCUGUGAUUCAUCCGCAGUUUCCAGACGGUGCGCAGGUGGAGGCGGAGAGGCGGGGAAGCAGCGGCUCAGGACGGACGGAUGCGACGGCCGCGGAUGUUCAGCACGCGCGCCAGUUAUUCCACUUAACUGCUUUUCCUCGUCCUCGGAGCCGCAUUGAUUCGGAGGCGCCGGCGACAUUUGGCGCAGCUGGAACUCGUAUUCUUUUUUUUUUUUCCAGCAUGACAAAAGUUUGACUUUGAAAAAAAAAAUGAUGCUCCGCUCCGCUCCCGUUUUUUCAUGCGAUGCCGUGGAUCCCAGCGUCUGCGUGAGUGGCCAGUCAUCACUUGCCAAAUAGCUGCGAUUCUUUCGGUCCUACUCUAAUUCCGGCGCCCGUCUGAACGAGCGCUGGGCUUUUAAUCCGCGCACCGCACCAGUCGCCCGGAAUUGCAUCCGUUUGAAUUAAUGCCGCACGCCACAAUGGACUUUCUCGGACUGUACUUCUUGCAGCUGGCUCUCAUUGGAGUCCCGCGCGUGGCCCUGUCCAUGGCUGGGAGGGACUGCCUGCGUGCGGGGGACACCUGCUCCAGCGACGACACCUGCAGCCCGCGACUGCGCACCCUCAGGCAGUGCGUGGCGGGCGACGGCAGCGUGAAGCUGGGCCCCGGGGCGCGGAACCAGUGCGAGAACGCCAUGACGGCGCUGCUGUCCACCCCGCUCCGUGGCUGCCAGUGUAAACGAGGCAUGAAGAGGGAGAAGAACUGCCUGAGCAUCUACUGGAGCCUGCACCAGUCUGUGCUGCACGGACUCAGCCUGGUGGAGAGCUACCCUUACGAACCAGAGGAGAGAGGCUCUGAAUACGUACGUCUGGCCUCCAUCGCUGCAGAGUCGGAGGUAACGACGGUGAACCGCUGCCUGGACGCCGCCAAGGCGUGCAACAUCGACGAGACGUGCCAGAAGCUGCGCACGGAGUACGUGUCGGCCUGCAUCCAGCCGUCGGCCCGCUCGGGCCCGUGCAACCGGCCCAAGUGCAACAAGGCGCUGCGGAAGUUCUUCGACCGCGUGCCUCCGGACUACACCCACGAGCUACUGUUCUGCCCCUGCACCGACACGGCGUGCGCCGAGCGCCGCCGCCAGACCAUCGUGCCGUCCUGCUCCUACGAGGACAAGGACAAGCCCAACUGCCUGGCUCAGCUGCGGAUCUGCAAGGCCGACUACGUGUGCAGGUCUCGCUGGGCCCAGUUCCAGUACGACUGCCAGCCCUCGGAGCUCGGCGCCAGCGGCUGCAAGCAGGACGACUACGGAGCGUGCCUGCUGGCGUACACCGGCCUCAUAGGAAGCACCAUAACUCCCAACUACCUUGACAACUCCACAUCCAACGUGGGACCCUGGUGCUCCUGCGCAGCGAGCGGCAACCACAGGGAACAAUGCAGCGACUUCCUCGCUUUCUUCCACGACAAUGUCUGCCUGAAGAACGCCGUCCUGGCCUUCGGCAACGGAUCAGACCUGAAAACGAGCGCCAGCCAGCCCGCGAUGUCCAGCCCGGCGACGGACAAGCACGGCCCCCACCAGUCGACCACUGCCCCCAGCGUUUCCAUGGAAACGGAGCAGAACAUCCUGCGAGCGCAGAUACCUACUCAGGUCAAUGAGAACGACCGGCUCUGGGGCGACGAGGGCGACUCCACCCUUCCUUCUCCGGGCCUGUCGGACGCCGAGCCCACCCGCCUGUCGCUGUGCCUGGGCCUCGGCUGGUCGCUGGCGCUGCUGCUGCUCUCUGACUAAUAAGACGCCGUGGCCCCGCUGCCUCUAUGGACCACACGCCAGACACAGGGGGAGGGCAGGGGCGAGCGAGAGAGAGAGAGAGAGAGCCAUAAGUCCAGUGACAGUGGUGUCUGCUCCCCUCUCCCUCUUUGUCACUACAUCAUCCCGACUCCCUUUUUUUUUGUUUUUUUACUUUGUGAAUCAUGACUCAAAGCAGAUGUGCCGCGAAGCCCACGUCACGUCCUUGAGAAGACGGCGCCGCAGUCGCACCACGGAGGGGAUGACAACCACACCAAGCACACACCUACUUCUCGCUUUACGAACACGAACUUUACACACGACGCACACGCUGACUUCACUCAUCCGAAAGCCGCAUCUACGCUGCAUUCAAACGCGUGUACAGUCAAGAGACGCUGACGCGGCGCGAGAAAACCAUACGAGUAAAAUUUAAAUACAAAAGUUUUUUUUUGUCUUUGAACAUUCCUUGAUGUUAAAGAAAUACUAAAUGUGAAAAUGUUCCUCAGAUGAACUGUGAUAAGUAUUAUUCCAGAUUUAAGGUGGAUGUGUGUGUUCGUCCACAUGCAGCGCUCAUUCGGCUUCACUGUUUUUUGAUGAUUUACUUUCUGUUCAUUUGGCGAAAUGGGUGAAUCAUCAUUUCACAUUUUAUUGUUGUGUUUGAGGUUCCAGAUAUGAAGAGUUCGUUUCCAAAUAAGAGUUGAACUGCAGCCUUUCAGCAGGAUGAACGCGUCGCUGGAGGUCUGUGAGAAUAUUUUUGUCUAACUUUAAGCUACAGUAAGCUCAACUAAUAGCCUUUAUCAAACUCUAAGCUCUUUGGGUUUUGAUGCCAACCUGGAAGGAGACUCUUCAUAUGUUCAUUAAGCUUUAAGUGUCAGCGCCUGACAGAUGUUUUGCUUUACUCCUCGUCACAAAUGUAAAAAUAAAAGCUCAGAUUUUGACGGCAACUUUAUAUUUUUGAAAUGUAUGUGGACUUGGCUGUGGAGAGAACUUCUAUCUGUCGACGAGUUCGUGUCCAGUUGUGCUUUUGCUCGAUGGAUGCUGCCUUGGAGGCGGUCCAACCGCUGCCUGUUGUGGCUCAAAGCAUUCACAGUAUGUGAGACGGAACGUGUUCUCCUCAGUUCUGCCAUCGGGUUCUGUGACACACCUGCUGACUUUUUGCACCAGAACGAUGGAGUGUUGCUGCGAACGGCCCCGGCGAAGGCGACUCGUCCUGGCUGAAGUUGGACCUAACACAAGCUCUCGAUGAUGAUGAGGCACAGGAGCUGGUAGACUUUGCCUUUCAAGGUCUAAAAGAUGUGUAAAUUCAAAUUCAUGGAGUUAAAGGAUCGAGGAUCUCCCUCGAACAAUGAUGCUUUUUAAAAGUGCUUCACAACAACAUCACAUUUAACCUUUUCUCACUUACAUCCACACAAGCAGGCACUUUGGUGCUACCAGUUUUCUGCACUCUCUGGUUCUAAACAAGUCAAAAUCGGUUUACUGCAAAUAUCUCUCGAUGUUUUCUCACUCUAGGGUUUCUAAACAAUGGUGAGGCCUCCACGCUGGCAUGUGGUUCCAGCCCUGAGCAGCAGACAGUUACUGCACCAGCAUCAGCAGUGCAUCUGUGGGGGAAGCGGUCGGUGAUGAGGUGCUGCUUUUUCUCAGCGACUUCUGUAACUGGGACGUUACUAAUGGAAAUGUUUCCUCCUGCUAAGUCCUGGAGUUUGGGCGAGUGAAAUCAAAGCUGUCUGCAUGGCCUGAUACUGUCCCGCGAGAUGAAAGUGAGAAAGUGUUUUUCCCCCGCAAUUCAGCCGAAGCGACCGUUUGAAAUCACCCACAGAAAAUCCCUCAACAGUGCAGUUGUGUGGUUUCACGGUGAUCAGACUGUGAGUGAUACCUCUGGUUUCCACAAAGCCCCCGUCUGUCAUCGUGAUGUGUCACCAGCUGAGCGCCGUCGCCCCGGUUUGAUCCGCCCCGCGAUGCGUCCUGCAGCUCCGUGAGGCGACUGACCGACCAGACGUGACACGCGUCGCCUCCUGCGCAGAGACAGCGCUGUAAGUGGAGGCGAUUUCGGAGCAGAGCACGGAGGCGCUUUCACCGGUUUGGAGGUUUUGGUCCCUGAUCCGCUGCAGCUUCUGACCCUGUCUGACUGGGUUCACUCAACAUCAUCUUUGCAUUUCAGAGCAAGGACUCAAUCUUCAUUCAUAACACAUGGCGCGAUUUGUAAAGAUGUUAUAGUGUAUAUACUACACAGUGUAUACCAUAUAUAUGAUGUCUAUAAGAUUCAUACCUUGGGUAAUAAUAAAGAGGAGUGGAAGGAUUUCAUCCAAGUUUUGUUUUCAUGUCAGAAGCAUCACUAACAGGCUGAUUCUGACAUCCAAACUUCAAUAAAUGAGACCCCUGGUGUAAA